CAAAAAGAGGAGCGUCUCAUUUCCUUAUCUUUGGCAUCGCCAAGAGAGCGAAACCAGAGGGGCGGUUCUUGAUGCCUCCGACGGCGAACCUGUAGCAACUGAUUCCCGCUCAUCUCUUUGCCGCCCACUAUGUCUCUCUCCUUGAUCUCCAGCAUGGCCGGGCCCGCCGGUGUGUUCGCCUCCCGGCACCAGGACUCCUUCCCCUCCAUCCCCUCCUCCCCCGCUCGCACCAGUCGCGGUGCCGCGCACGUGGCGCGUGCGAGGAAGGGCCUCUCCUCUCGCUCCCGCCGCCUCGAGAAGCGGGACAAGAAGGGUGGCGCCACCACGGUGAACGACGAGGCGCCGCCGGCGGAGGUUGGUGGAGGGGGGAUGCUCCCCAUGGAGAGCCCAGGAGGAGGGGGGAUCGAGGGGUUCGAGUACUCGACGACGCCGAUGCCGGUGCUACAGGGCGAGGAUAAGGAUUUCUGGGAGGGCCCCCAGUGGAACGCCCUCGGCUUCUUCGUCCAGUACCAGUGGGCCUUCGGCAUCGUCUUCGCCCUGAUUGCUUGUGGGAUUGCUGUUGCUACAUAUAACGAAGGCGCAACCGAUUUUAGGCAAACACCUGUCUACAAGGAGUCUAUUCAGUCCCGCGAGCUAUUAGAAGAACCAGAGGCAUCAAACACUGAUGUGUUUGAGGCAAAUCCAACUGAGGUAGCACCGAGCCUGGAAUAGCCUUAUAUAUCUGAUAGUUUCUGGUGCCAUCAGUUAAUUAAGGCAGUGCAGGCCAUCGUGCAGGUUCAGUUCCACGAAAUAUUUGCCAUCAAUUGUAAGCAUCAGUUUGUAUUUGGCGCACUUGUUUAUGUUGUCGUGAUUGUAUCUUUAUCGUAGAACAUAGGCCAUGAAAUCACCUGGAAUGCAUGUGUUUUUCAUAAGAAAUGCCAUGGCCAAAUAUAAGCCAUCAUAACUGAA